AUGCCUUGGAGACCUCUCACUGGUGGAGCCAUCUCUGUGUUUAACCCAUUCGCGCCGGUAAUUACUGUCAGAAGCAAAAAAAAAAUAUUUUGGUGUUUAUACUAUUUUAUUCAUUGUGUGAACAUUUUUCCUUUUCAAGGUCAGAAUGUUAUCCAUUCGGCUGUGUGUGUCCUGGCUGCCUGGCUGCUACUGGUGGUCAUGGGAGGAACUAUCAAGUCUGUCAUUAUUUCCUUCUUGUUCCAGAUGACUUACCUACUUAUGGGUUACUACUUCACGGGAACAGACACUUACGACAUCAAGUGGAGUAUGCCCCAUUGUGUGCUGACUCUGCGGCUCAUAGCACUCACCUAUGAUGUAUAUGAUGGCACAAAAGAUCCAGAAAAAUUAUCAAAUGACCAGAAAAAAACGGCUUUGAGUAUUAGACCAAGCUUACUUGAAGUUGCUGCACAUACGUAUUUCCCUGCCUCCUUUAUGGUGGGGCCACAGUUCUCCAUGAGACGUUACCUGGACUUUGUUAGUGGAACUCUUCUUGGUAGUGCACGUCCUCCAUGUCUCCUACCAGGCUUACUUCGUGGAGGAUUAGGCUUGAUUUAUCUGGCUGUAUACCAAGUUGGCAUUAGCUACUUGCCAGAUUCAUAUAUCAACUCAUCUGAAUAUAAUGACUCUAGUAUCUGGAGGCGGCAUAUUGUAGUGGGAAUCUGGGCAAAAAUCACCCUUUACAAAUACAUCUCUUGCUGGUUAAUUGCUGAGGGAGUUUGCAUCAUGUCAGGUAAGCUGUCACUGAUUGCUUUAUUUUAUACUAGUGAGAUGUGUGAUACUCUCUUUCACAUAUGUAUACCAUUAGCUGUUAAAAAAAUGGUAACAAUAUUUAUGUGUGGUCUCUGAUGUUAAUAUCUAUCA